AUGGCCCAAAAUGGCGGUAACGGUAACAAUGGUGUGAAGUUUGAGGCGCCGCAACCGCACUCGGUGAAAGAACAAUUGCCUGGAAUUCAGUAUUGCAUUAACAGCUCUCCUACAUGGCCGGAAGCAAUUGUACUGGGUUUCCAGCAUUAUCUACUCACUCUUGGCAUCACGGUUUUGAUUCCGAGCAUACUCGUUCCUCAAAUGGGCGGUGGAAAUGUUGAGAAGGCAACAGUCAUUCAGAGCUUACUUUUUGUUUCGGGAUUAAGCACGCUUUUUCAGUCAUUUCUAGGAACCCGGCUCCCCAUAGUGGUAGUGGGUUCAUAUGCUUAUUUGAUUCCUGUUACUUCUAUUAUCCAAGCAAGCAGAUACAGUUCUUGCACAGAUCCUUAUGAGAGGUUCGUACGGACAAUGAAAGGGAUUCAGGGUGCACUCAUUGCUGCUGCAUGUUUCCAGAGUGCAUUGGGAUUUUUAGGAUUAUGGAGAAAUGCUGUGAGGUUCCUUAGCCCUCUCUCUGUUGUUCCAUAUGUGACUUUUACUGGGCUUGGACUUUAUCAUCUUGGCUUCCCCAUGCUUGCAAAGUGUGUAGAAGUUGGCCUUCCAGGGAUUAUUCUCAUGGUUUUCAUUUCACAGUAUCUUCCUCGUUAUAUACAAUCAAAGCGCCUUAUCUGUGACAGAUUUUCAAUCCUCUUCACAGUUGCAAUUACAUGGUUAUUUGCUCAACUUCUAACCUCAACUAAUGUAUACAAACACAAACCAGAGAACACCCAGAUUAGCUGUCGAACUGAUCGUGCUGGGCUUAUUACCACAGCUCCUUGGAUAUAUUUUCCUUAUCCCUUUCAAUGGGGAAGCCCCACCUUUAAUGCUAGAGAUGUCUUUGUUAUGAUGGCUCCUGCUUUGGUUUCUCUUUUUGAGUCAACUGGUACAUUCUUUGCAGCUGCAAGAUAUGGAAGUGCUACACCCGUUCCACCUUCUGUUAUUAGCCGUGGUGCUGGAUGGCUGGGAAUUGGGGUUUUGCUCAAUGGUUUUCUUGGUUCUGUCACAGGCACAACUGCAUCAGUUGAAAACGUAGGCCUGCUGGCGUUGACAAGAGUUGGAAGCCGCAGAGUAAUUCAAAUAUCAGCUGGAUUCAUGAUUUUCUUCUCCAUAUUUGCAAAAUUCGGAGCCAUUUUCGCUUCUAUACCAUUACCAAUUGUGGCAGCUUUAUACUGCGUUCUCUUCAGCUAUGUCUCUUCUGCUGGUCUUAGCUUUCUCCAAUUCUGUAACCUGAAUAGUUUCAAAACAAAGUUCAUAUUAGGCUUCUCCUUCUUCAUGGGUUUAUCAGUUCCACAGUACUUCAGAGAAUAUUUUCAUGGUGGUUGGAGAUCACCUCAUCAUAUUGGCUUGUUCAGUGACAUAAUCCUUGUGAUCUUCAUGUCACAUACAACAGUUGCUGCGCUGAUAGCUUUAUUCUUUGAUCUGACACUUUCUCGAGAAAAUGAUGAAACCAGAAAGGACAUUGGGUUGAAUUGGUGGGAAAGGUUUAGCUUAUAUAAAUCAGAUGUUAGGAAUGAAGAAUUCUAUGCACUACCCUGCAGCCUCAACAAGCUUUUCCCAUCAAUUUAACCUUUGAAACUAAAUUAUUUACAUUUUCUUAGCUUC